UUGCACCAAACGUUGGUGUUAUAAAUUAUAAACCUUUCUUUCAAACAAAAUAAACCUUUUAGCUAAACGAACAGAAGCUCAGUUCAGUUCCAAACUGUCCUCACCCUAGUUCUCCAGGGAAAAAGGUGAUUUUAAGUGUACUAAGGAACGAACAAGUCUCAACUAAGAAACAGUUAAUAUCGAAAACAAAUAAUCAUCAAGGACGAUCUGGAAAUUGAAGAAAUUAAAGAUAACAAACAAGAAAGUUACUUGAACGGUGACGAGAAAAUGGAUGAUCUUACGAGCGGUUCGGAUAGCGAUUAUGCAAAAUACUGGAUCGAUUGGUUUUUGACCACCAAGGGGAAUGAAUAUUUUUGCGAAGUAGAUGAAGAAUAUAUCCUUGAUCGCUUUAAUUUGACUGGGUUGAACUCUGAAGUUCAACAUUAUGUUCAAGCACUUGAUCUGAUAACGGAUUCCUUGGAAGAAGAAUUGGAUGAUGAGAUGCGUGAAGCAGUUGAAAAAUCUGCUCGUCACUUAUACGGUUUGAUUCACGCGAGAUUUAUUAUCACAAGCAGAGGCUUGGCAAAAAUGCUUGAGAAAUACAAGAAAGCAGACUUUGGUCGUUGCCCACGUGUUCUUUGUCAUAAUCAACCUCUUUUACCAGUUGGACUUUCAGAUCAACCUUAUACAAAGUCCGUUAAAUUGUACUGUCCUCGUUGUGAAGAUAUUUAUAAUCCUAAAUCCACUAGACAUGCAAGUAUUGACGGCGCUUACUAUGGAUCCACCUUUCCUCACAUGCUCUUUCAAGUUUAUCCACACUUGUUACCACCCAAAAGUAAUGAGCGAUACAUUCCUAGGAUUUUCGGAUUCAAAAUUCAUGAUAUCGCUAAACAGCAUCGUUGGCAAGAUCAACAAAGGGAGGAACAGCAAAGAAGGAUUACCGUAGUUGGAGAAGGAAAUGUUAAUAGUUAAAUUCUCGGAGUUUUUUAUUAUAUUGUAUAUUUUACAAUAUGAAACAUUAGGAUUACAAUUUUAUCUUUAUAAUGCGAUAAAAGAUGGGAUGGGUGGGUUUUUUUUAAAGUAUUUUUUUUGUAUUUAUGUUGGUUAUAGAAUGCAUUGCGGCAAUACGGACAAAAGUUGUAUUUGUUGUUUUAUAAAUUACCAAUGCUUUUUAAUAUUACUGAAACUUCUGUCUAGUAUUGAAUUUAUACCUUUUUUUUUUCUUCUUUAUGUUAACGAGCAAUAGAUUUGAAUUUUAAUAUAUCGUACUUUUAUACUUUGUAAAAAAAAAGU